AUGAUGUCCUGGUGGUCUUCCGGGGCCAACACAGCCCUGGAUGAGCAGAUCGAGAAGGCGACCAGCAGCAGCCUCGAGGACAUUGCCCUCAAUCUCGAGAUCUCCGACGUCAUCCGGUCCAAGACAGUGCAGCCCAAGGAGGCCAUGCGCUCGUUGAAGAAGCGCAUCGACAACAAGAACCCGAACACGCAGCUCAGCUGUCUGAAUCUCACAGACACCUGCGUGAAGAAUGGCGGCACGCACUUCCUCACCGAAAUCGCUUCCCGCGAGUUCAUGGACAACCUGACAUCGCUGCUCAACGCAGCCGGGCCCGCCGCUAUCAACCAGGAGGUCCGCAACAAGAUCCUCGAGCUCAUCCAGUCCUGGGCGUCGGCCACCGAGGGCCGCCACGAACUCGGCUACAUCGGCGAGGUCUACAGAAAACUGCAGCGCGAGGGCUUCCAGUUUCCGCCGCGCACGACUGUGGCCAGCAGCAUGAUUGAUAGCAGCGCGCCGCCCGAGUGGGUCGACUCGGACGUCUGCAUGCGAUGCCGCACCGCCUUCACCUUUACGAACCGCAAGCACCACUGCCGCAACUGCGGCAACUGUUUCGACCAGCAGUGCUCGACCAAGUCGCUGCCACUCCCCCACCUCGGCAUCUUGCAACCCGUGCGUGUCGACGAUGGCUGCUACGCCAAACUGACGGACAAGACGGGCCCUGGUGGCAGCGGUGGCGGCGGCGGCGGUGCAGGCAACACGUCCGUUGGCUUUUCGUCGCACCUGCCGCCCAAGACACAGUCGGCGAUGCAGCCGCGCGACGCACGGGUUGAGGACAGCUUUGACGAGGACCUGAAGCGGGCCCUGGCCAUGAGCCUGGAUGAGGUCCAGAGCCACUCGCGGACAUUUAACAGCCAGCCGGCGGCUCCCAGCAGCAGCAGCUACAACAGCGCUUCGAAGACGUCCAACAGCAAGUCUACCUCUUCGGCAUACGGAGCCGUGCCAAAAGCAACGACGGCCACCGUGUCUGCGUCCACGACAAACGCGCACCAACAGACAACCUCUGGUGGCUCUGCGGAGGAGGAAGACGAGGACUUGAAGGCCGCGAUCGCGGCGUCCCUUGCUGACAUGGAGGAGCAGAAGAAAAAGCAUGCGGCGGCUUUCCGCCAACAGACCGAGAGCGGCAGCAACGGCAGCGCGUCGACAUCCGCGCCUUUUGUGCUGCCGAAGAACGACUAUGAGCUCACGCCCGUCGAAGCCGAAAACAUCAACCUGUUCUCCACGCUCGUCGACCGCCUGCAGACGCAACCGCCUGGCACCAUUCUUCGCGAACCCCAGAUCCAGGAGCUCUACGAUAGCAUCGGCACGCUGCGACCCAAGCUCGCACGGACGUACGGCGAGACAAUGAGCAAGCACGAUACCCUCCUGGACCUACACGCGAAGCUGUCAACCGUCGUCCGCUACUACGACCGCAUGCUCGAGGAGCGCCUCUCCAAGGCCUAUAACCAGCACAGCCUCGGCGGCUACAAUAUUCCUGGCCCUCGGCAGCAGCAGCAACAACCACCAUCCAUGCCCUACCCGUCGCUCCAGUCCUCGGCACCACCGAUGCGUGCUGGCGGUCCUGCCGAGAACUUUUACACUAGUGAAGCCGCUGCGAUACCCGACUAUGCACGACAGAUGGCUCAGGCCGGUGGCUAUGGCGGCCCGCAGCCCCUCCAACCGCAGUACAGCGGGUAUGACAAGCACGGGUCGAUCUCCGGGCCAUCUGUUGCCAACCCAUACCCUGGCCAACCGCAGAGAUCCGAUAGCUGGCGGAACUCAGUCGCACCCGGCCAAGUGCCCCAAGGGUACCCCCAGCAACAGCAACAGCCACCGCAACAGCAGGCCCAGGCACCACAAGGGUAUCUCAGCAACGACCCAUCGGCUCCCGGCGCACCGAGUGCACCACCCGAUCCGCUUGCGUCGACUCCCUCUGCCGAUCCGAACGCCUCGUACUACUUUAGCAACGCCAACGCCACACCUGGCCAGGUGCCCCCUCAGCAGCAACAGGCCCAGCCGUCCCAGCCUUCCCAGCCCACACCGCCCAUACAGCCGCAGCAAACCGGCCCGGCCAGCGUACCGUCCGAUCCUGCCGCAACAUCGCCCUACCCGACUUUGCGACAGCCGUCCGCGUACCUGGCCUCCGUCCCCCAAACACCGGCCACCACUGCUUCGGUUCCUGUCCAGCAGCAGCAGGCCCCCACUCAACAGCAACAGCCACCUCGGCAGCAACAAUCACCUCAGCAACAGCAGCAGCAGCAGCAGCACCAGGCACCGACCGCUCCGUACUGGUCUCACCCAGCUUCGCAGCACCAGCAGGUGCCGCAGCAGUUUACUUCCGGCCCGCCGCAACCUCUUCAACAGCAACCUCCUCAAGCCUCCUGGUCGCAGGUGCCUAACAAUGGCUACAACAACUUUGGUGCGCAGGAGAGCUUCCCGUCGGCGCCGCAGCAUGUGCCACAGCAGCCUGUGGUUGAGGAGGCUCUGAUUGAGCUGUGA